GAGAAUUGCGUCAAUCGGCUGACUUACUUAGUCGGUCAAAGGUCAAAGAAGUACUCACAAUGCCUGCUUCCCCGCCUUCAGCUAUGGUAUCCAAGUGGUCAUCCAAGUCCAAAUCUCCAAAGCAAAAGGCCACUCAAAUUCGAGACAACCAGCGAAGACAUCGGGCUAAAGUCAAGGCUCAUAUCUCUACUCUAGAAAAUGAAUUGGCAGAGUCGCAGAGACGGUUGAUUGCCGCCGAACAUCGCAUCACGGCACUUACGGCUGAAGUGAAACGUUUAGUGGAGGAGGCAAGAGGGGAACCCGCUCUGACAAGUAUCUCAUCCGUGGAGCGUUCUUUCAACUCUCCCACGCCUCAUACCACCUUAGAAUAUGCGUAUUGCCGCCCUUUGAACAACCAGAGACAGCGAGGCAAUUCCUUACCGUCUAAACAUAAUGCCAUGGUCAACCUACCGUUUGACAGACCAGUUAUCCCAAACUCCAACAACGAUCUUUCAGGGUUAAACGCUGGAAAUGAUAUAGAAGUGGAUGAGUCAACGCUCGCUCUAGCCUUUGUAGCUGAGUAUGACUGUCAAACUCUCCCACUACCGCAGCCUGGCGAAUCUACAACAAAUUGUGUUGCUGCGUAUAGAAUCAUUGGACAACAAAACUUCAAGGGCGUCGAUAUGGAAGCUAUUCAUCAGUGCCUCCAGUCAGGAUACAGAAGAGCAACAAGACCUGGGGAUGGAUGCACCGUUGUAAAUAGUCACCUUUUUGGUCUCAUCAGCUACCUCAGCCCAGUCUAGCACGGCUAACAAAAUAUUUA